AUGAAAAUCACACAAAACGGUAAUCUACUAAAAAUUUUAUUGGUUAUAUUAUUUAAUCUGAUUAGAAUAACUUAUCAAACAACUACUUAUUCAUGUAAUGCAACUGCAUCUUGUGGAUGUUCAACAAAUUCAGCGACUCUAUCUCGUAUUGUGGGAGGUGAAGCGGCUACUCCAGCAACAUGGGGUUGGGCUGUUUCACUUAAUAUUGCUAACACUUAUCUUUGCGGUGGAUCAAUUAUCUCUCCAGCAUGGGUGAUUACAGCAGCACAUUGUGUUAUUGGUCAAACAGCAUCAUCAAUCACAAUUUAUGCUGGAUCGAAUAGUCGAUGGACUGGUACUCAAAGUCGGAUAGUUUCAAAAAUUAUUGUUCAUCCAAGUUACGAUAGUGACACUUAUGUAAAUGAUAUUGCACUUUUGCAACUUCAAACUCCAUUAAACAUGACCGAUCGUUAUGUAAGUCAGAUUUGUUUACCAUCAGUUGAUUCAUCAAUACUAUCAACGACUGAAUGGCCAGCUGCUAACACUACAGUUGUUGCUGUGGGAUGGGGUACAUUAAGUGAAGGUGGUUCAUUACCAACAAAUCUUCAGCAGGUGACUUUACAAACAAUAAGUCGUCAGGAUUCGACUUGUAGUCCAUUGAUAACUGAUUGGCAUGUUCAGUUGUGUGCAGGAGUAUCGGGCGGUGGUAAAGAUACAUGUCAAGGAGAUUCUGGAGGUCCAUUGAUGAUGUUUAGUUCAAGUAAUCAAUGGGUAUUAAUUGGUCUAACAAGUAAUGGUAUUGGAUGUGCUGAGGCUGGAUAUCCAGGUAUUUAUACACGUGUUGCUACAUUUGUUAGCUGGAUCGAUACGAAUACAAAUGGCGGUGGUUUAUCUGGAAUCGGCUCUAACUCGACAAUUGUAAUUACGCCUACAAGCUUAAAUAAUGUUACAUCGUCAAACCAAGCAACAAUCCCAUUAAUAAUUUAUCAAACUACUACUUAUUCAUGUAAUGCAACUGCAUCUUGUGGAUGUUCAACAAAUUCAGCAACUCUAUCUCGUAUUGUGGGAGGUGAAGCUGCUACUCCAGCAACAUGGGGUUGGGCUGUUUCACUUAAUAUUGCUAACACUUAUCUUUGCGGUGGCUCAAUCAUCUCUGCAGGAUGGGUGAUUACAGCAGCACAUUGUAUUAAUGGUCAAACAGCAUCAUCAAUCACAAUUUAUGCUGGAUCGAAUAGUCGAUGGACUGGUACUCAAAGUCGAGUAGUUUCAAAGAUUAUUGUUCAUCCAAGUUACAACAGUGACACUUAUGUAGAUGAUGUUGCACUGCUACAGCUGAAAACUCCAUUAGACAUGACCGAUCGUUAUGUGAGUCAGAUUUGUUUACCAUCAGUUGAUUCAACAACAUUAUCAACGACUGAAUGGCCAGCUGCUAACACUACAGUUGUUGCUGUGGGAUGGGGUACAUUAAGUGAAGGUGGUUCAUUACCAACAAAUCUUCAGCAGGUGACUUUACAAACAAUAAGUCGUCAGGAUUCGACUUGUAGUCCAUUGAUAAAUGAUUGGCAUGUUCAAUUGUGCGCAGGAAUAUUCGGUGGUGGUAAAGAUACAUGUCAAGGAGAUUCUGGAGGUCCAUUAAUGAUGUUUAAUUCAAAUAAACAAUGGGUAUUAGUAGGUUUAACAAGUAAUGGUAUUGGAUGUGCUGAGGCUGGAUAUCCAGGUAUUUAUACACGUGUUGCUACAUUUGUUAGCUGGAUCAAUACGAAUACAAAUAGUGGUAUUUCAACAACAACUCGAUCUACCACGACAACAAAGCCAACUACAACAACAACUCGAUUCACUACAACUACAAAACCCACUACAACAACCGCUCGAUCAACUACUACUACAAAACCCACUACAACUACAAGUCGAUCUACAACGACCACAAAGCCAACUACAACAACAACUCGGCCUACGACAACUAAAAAACCCACUUCAACAACAAGUCGGUCAACUACGACUAUAAAGUCCACUACAACAACUCGGCAUUAA